AUGAGCAAAGACUCGUCUUUUGAAAUGGAGAAUGUUAUUGAAGUCAAAAAGAAGAAAUCAAUUACUUCCAAAAGUUCAGAUGUGGAUUCUUUAGAAUCCAUUAGAACCGAAAUCCCAUUUCAAGGAAGUUUUAUGGGUUUGAGGAACUCAUUAGAUGAUGAGUUUUCAAAAUUUGAGUUGCAGGAAUCCAUGGAAAACAUUCAUAACAUUGAAGAUGAUGACAUGGAUGAUGCUAUUGAAAAGCAAGAAAAUUACUUUCAAGAAGUCGAUCCAAUACCUAUCCCGGGCCCACCUGGAUCUUUCCUCCCUCCUAGCCCUGGUGGAGAUAUAAUUUCUGAUCAACUUCAACCCAAUAAUUCAUCUUUGACCUCUACAAUAAGUAGACUUCAAUCAACCCAAGAUCAUCAUCCUCAUCAUCAUCAACAUCAUGAUCAUAUGAUAAACAUGGACUUCAUGUCCGAAUCUCCAAAUUCAACCAUCUCAAGUCCCAGUUUCAUAAGAUCUGAUGACAAAUUCUUUCCAAGAUUUACUUCCAUACAAGAUCCCAUGGCUUCUUCUUCUUCUUCUUCUUCUUCAACAUUCAAGAAUGAUCACCAUUGCUGUUGUUCUAGAAAAGAAUCCGUUUUUCCUAAAAAUACUUCUUCAUAUCCUCAAGAAUCAGUUGUUUCAAGGAAUGAAUCGAUAAAGAUUCCGGUUUAUGAAUCUGCUGUUACUGCACCUGUUCUCAGGCUAAUGGGAAAAAAUUUGACUAUGGUCAACACAAAUGAUCAUAUUGUUGACCAAUUUAUACCUCCUUCUUGCUCAAUUUCAAUGACUCAUCAUCAUCAUCAACAUCAACAUCAACAUCAACAUCCAGUUAUCUUUAACCAUAAUCAAAAUGGUUCAAUGCCUCGAGAUUGUCUUCUUCAUAGACUUGAUAUGAAAAUUGGAUGUGAUUGUAAUGGAGAUAUUGGUAGGUGGGGUUGUAUUCAAAUGGGUUCUUCAAGCAUUUUACAUCCAACUUCUCAUGGAUCUUCAUUGGGUUUCAUACCAAAUAUCAGAUCUUCUUCUACUUCAUACUAUCCUUCUAGCUUCUCAUGA